GGUUCUAUCCACGCUGUAUACGCAGAGCGCUGUGCAGUCCUCCCACCAUACGUGGCGCUGUGACAGUUUCCCUUCCCUGUGUGCGCUGAGGCAGUAGUUUGGCCUCCGUCCACUAGAUGACGCUGUCUGCCCAGGUUCCUGUUGUGAUUGUUGACAAGGGGGCGGACUGGAGGUUUUGUGUUCGGGCCCGGAGAGGGCUGCUCGUCUACCGAGCUUCGUACCGGAACCGUGUGUACUGCGCUAUGUGGGACGGCUUUGACAGGGCCCCUGGAGGCGGUAGAGGCAGAGGUCGCGGGACUGGGGCGGGCAGAGGACGCGGGCGAGAGGCCGACUCUUCAUCUGAAUACCGGGGGCAGAACAACGGAGAGGAAGCCGAGAAAAUCCCCUCAGUGCAGAGGCCGGGAGGACUACAACAACAGGAGCCGCUCCGGCCGCCGCUCAGCAUCCCGCCCCUGGGCAACAGUAUCACUGCAGCCCAAAUAAAUCAAAAGAAGAUACAGAUAUCUUUAGAGAGCAGCUCCAUGGCGGUGUCUAAGGGUCAGUCUCCAAAUUCCCAAACGGUGAUCUCCAAACUGUCUGCAAAUGCAGCUGAGUUUUAUCCUUCCGGAUAUUUUGCAAAUUCCUUUGAGGAGGAUAAUGCGGGAUAUCCAGCGGUUCCGGACAUAACACUGGCGAGCUACGUCCAGGACAUUUUGAACCAUUUGACCGAAAAGCCGGGAAGCUUUGAGGCGGAAAUCGGCCAGUUUACAGAUGUCCUGAAUGGCUGGGUCACUACUGAGGAGUAUUUACAGGAACUUGUGGAGCUCAUCUAUGAGCAGGCAACUUCAGUUCCCAAUUUCUCGUAUACGGGUGCACGGUUGUGCAAUCACUUAUCAAGUAAUCUUCAGAUGAACCCACAGAACUGGAACUUUAGACACGUUCUCCUUAAGAGAUGUCAGACAGAAUUUGAAAAGAGACACCAGGCAGCGAAAGGAAAUGAUGCCACAAGAAAGCGCUUUCAUGCCUUUGUAUUGUUCUUGGGUGAACUUUAUCUCAACCUGGAGCUAAAAGGUGCAAAGGGCCAGGUGACCCGAGCGGAGAUCCUGCAGAGUGGCCUCAAGGAGCUGCUGGAUGCUUUAUUCUCCAAUCCAGUAGAUGAUAAUCUCAUCUGUGCUGUAAAACUACUGAAGUUAACUGGAUCAGUUCUAGAAGACGCAUGGAAAGAGAAGGGGAUCUCUUACAUGGACGAAGUGAUCCAGAGAAUGAAGAACGUGGUUUUGGAUGCAGACCGUAGCAGGUUAAAAAUAGACGUAAGGCAGAUGCUGCUGAAGUUAGUAGAACUUCGAUCAAGUAAUUGGGGGAGGGUUCAUUCUACUUGGACUUUCAAGGAAGCAACUCCUGAAAAUGACCCAAAUUACUUCAUGAAUGAGCCGACCUUUUACACUUCUGAAGGAAUUCCCUUCACUGCUGCAGACCCAGAAUAUCAGGAGAAGUACCAGGAGAUGCUGGACAGAGAAGACUUUUUCUGUGAAGAAACUGGGACAGAUUUGUCUGCUUCUGGAGAUGGGUUCCUCGAUGACUUUGGUGAUGAUGAAAUGGACCCCGAGAUGCAGGAAGCUUACGAAAAGUUCUGCCUGGAGUCAGAACAUAAGAGAAAGCAGUGAAAACAUGGACCUAGUAAUCUCACUAUGGCAAGUUUAGUACGCCGUUUAGCACACAGGGCAGACGUAUCAUACUUGCACCAAAAUUAUUACGUUCAAGAUUAUCUCAGACCUAGAAAUUUAUGCAAACUCUUUUUUUGUUUAAGUGAAUGCCAAAAAAGUGUACGCUGAUACCCUGUAAGUUAUAUCGACAUUUGUGUAAAUAUUAUAUUGUUUCAUUUCUGUUCAGCUAAAAGAACAGUGUGUUGGUUUUUUUUCUUCGCUGCAUUAAAACAAAAAAAAAAAACAUUUUACAUCCAAUGGCACAUUAUAAUAAGAAAACCUUUCCUAACCUGAUCGGCCCAUUCUACAAUUGCGUUUUGUUCUUUGCCGAAGGUAAUCUGGCCAGGUAAUAUGCAUGGCUUAAUAUGGGUUAGAACCUAUGAAAAGAGCCCAGUAUUCCUCAACUCGGCCUGAAUAAUUUAUUUCCGGAAGGGUUUCAGCUAUGUUUUUCUGUACUUGACAUAGAAACUUUACAAAUAAAAAGCAAUUUAUUUUACCAUAUUUACUCUGUAUGUUCAGGGUGUCCAUCCACUUGUGCUUCGUGUUGUGCACCAUAAAUGUUUUAGGGGGAAACGUUAUAGCCAAGAGAUGGUAGAAGGGGUUGGGGUUGGUUGGGGGGGGGAGACUAAGUGAUCUGUUAAAGGGAACUUUUACCUAAGUUUUAUAGUUAUAUGUCCUAUAAAGCUGCAUCUUUACAGGCAGGUGGAAGUGCACAUAAACGUUUGUUGUUGUUUGAAGGGCAUGAAGGUCUUAAAGUAGUUCCAGGGUGGUGGUGUUGCAUGGUACAGUUGCAGGCUGGUUUUAUCUCUGACAUUUCGUUCCAGACAAAAAAAAAAAAAAAAGAGAGAGGAUGAUGGGACAAAGGGUUAAUCUGACUACUUGUGCUCAACAUGAAGAACUUUCCACAUUGAAACAAAUAGGGGCAACGUUUUUUUCUUUUCUUUCAUCUUCACUGAAUGUAACAUCAGUUUCCAUCAUACAUAAAAAAUAGGAAUACUGUUUGGGUUUAGGAAAAAAGGGGCACUAGAAUGCCCCACCAUCCUUCAUCCACCUAUAGCCGUCCCUCCAGGAACAUAAAGUUUGGGGUUUUAUCAUUUCAUUUAUGGUCGUGUUUUUACAAGAGACAUAUCCUGAAAGGUCAGUGCUGUUUCUCCCCUUGACUAAAGUUGGCUGAACCUGCAGAUCUCAGCAGGACCCGGGGGGUGGUUAGGGUCGUUAUGCUGGUUUUUGUCCCAAUUGCAGAUGUCGAGGGUAAAGAGGGUCACAUGCCUGAUCUUUUGUUAUCACAAAGGAGUAUGUAAGCGUCUUGUUUCCCUCUCCUCAUUAAGAGUA